UCAAGGCAUGUGUUCUGAGCUAAGAAAUGGGGUUGGUGUUAGAGUUUGCUCUAUCAAGAGCUGAGGAACUGGGGACAUCUCUGUGGCACGUCCCCACCAGGACCGCCAGGGGAGUCCAGGGGGGACUAAGGGAGGGGCUGAUGAGCCUGCCCCGCCCCCGACCACCUGGGAAAGGAAGUGGGAAAGGAGAACCAGCAACGGUCACUGCAUUUCCUUCACAUCUCACUCUCGGGACACAACAGGACGAGGACAGAGCAGCUGCAGCUGGAUGCGGGCAGACGGCCACAGAGGAGGAGCUUUUUCAGCCACAGUCUAGUAACAGAGGGGUUAGCAGUGGCCACCAUGGGUUCUGUGAAUUCCCGAGAUCACAAGGCAGAGGCCCAGGUGGUGAUGAUAGGCCUCGACUCAGCAGGCAAGACCACGCUCCUGUACAAACUGAAGGGCCACCAGAUGGUGGAGACCCUGCCCACUGUUGGUUUCAACGUGGAGCCUCUGGAAGCACCGGGGCACGUGUCUCUGACUCUCUGGGAUGUGGGGGGGCAGACCCAGCUCCGGGCCAGCUGGAAGGACCACCUGGAAGGCACGGAUGUCCUCGUGUAUGUGCUGGAUAGCACCGAUGAAGCCCGCUUACCCGAGGCAGUGGCUGAGCUCAUGGAAGUCCUGGACAACCCACAUAUGGCCAGUGUCCCUUUCUUGGUGCUGGCCAACAAGCAGGAGGCGCCAGAUGCCCUGCCGCUGCUGGAGAUCCGAGAGAGGUUGGGCCUGGAGAGGUUCCAGGACCGCAGCUGGGAGCUUCGGGCCUGCAGUGCCCUCACUGGCGCUGGGCUGCCAGAGGCCCUACAGAGCCUGAGGAGCCUCCUGAAAUCCCGCAGCCACUGUGUGUCUACGUGAGCACAGGCGGGGCAGGGAGUGGGGAGAGCAGGAAGACGCGAUCUGGGCACAGCAGCAUAUCUUCGCUGAUACGACCUGAAAGAAUCAGCUGGGCCUUAAGAAUCUUAAGCUCAGUUUAUCAGAGAAGUCCUUCUGUGCUUGGACAGGAUAUUUUCCUCUUGAAGCUUGUUGUCACUAGUGUUUAUGUUGAAAAUCAACUAUGGGGCACCUGGGUGGCUUGGUUGAGCGUCCAACUUCAGCUCAGGUCAUGAUCUCAUGGUUUGUGGGUCCAAGCCCAUGUCAGGCUCCGUGCUGACAGCUCAGAGCCCGGACCCUGCUUCAGA